CACAAUCUGGUUUGGGGCCGCCACAAAAAAAGGACAAACUCCAACUCCAACGGACAAUCAAAAUUGCUGAAUGGAGUGUCGGUACCACUCUACCCGCCCUUGUGGAUUUGCACGCCAUUCGAUCUCGGAGAAAAGCAGCCUUGCCUGUCAUUCAAGGGGAUUUGGAAAACCAAAGCCUGAAAGCGGCUCAGGACUGUGGCCUAUAUGAGAAGUGUGGUGCUCUCCACUCAGAGUAUGUUCUGGCAUGCACCAAGAAGGUACCUGCAACCAAUCGAUGUAACCAGCACAAAUGACACCGGGCUCUGAGUAGAUUCAUGGAGAGAGUACCUAAGGAAUAUAGCUUUGGUGUCCUUUUCUGCUCCUGCACAAACACUCUGUGUGGUGAGAGGCGGAGGAAGACCAUUGUACCCUCAUGUGCUUAUGACGAUAUGGAGGAUCUCCAGUCCAAUUGCCUCCACCAACAAACUUUCUGCCGCAGGGACGCCCUAUGCAGGUCCAGAUUGGCUGACUUCAUUCAGAACUGCGAGCCAUUGCCACUAACAACCAGCGGCUGUCUGAGAGACUCAGCUGGUCUUUGCCUCCAAGCGUAUGCAGGACUUGUCGGAACUAUCAUGACUCCAAACUACAUUGAUAAUGACUCUGCAGCUGUAUCAUUGUCAUGCAACUGUAAAGGGAGUAGCAACCAAUGGCAAGAGUGUCUGAAACUCCAACAAAUGAUUUCCCACAACACCUGCCUACCUGUGUCAAAUAAAUGGAGAUUCCCUCUGAGAAGAAUCCUAUGUCACAAUGUGGUCUUUAAACUACACAACGCAGAAGUCCACCGGUCACAUGGAGGAAUUCUGUCAUGGCCCUGCCAGUUCCUGUCAUGGCCAUACCGGUCCCCGAUGCGGCACGCACCUGCUGGAAUCAGCGGAGGCGCACAUCUGCGCCUCGUCUCUAGUAAUCAUGUCCCAGUUAUAUAGAACCACACGUACGGUCUGGCCUUUGCCAGAUUGUUGGUUCAUGCCUCGUUUCCACACUCUCGUAAUCCCAUUCCUGAUCUCCUGUGUACCGACCCCUGCCUGCUGCCACUGACCUGCCUCCUACGCCUGACGUCAUUGUUACUGAUGCUCCCAUUGAAUGCGUGCCUGAUCCCUGACACUGGACUGAAUAAAUACCCGUUUCCCGAA